AUGCCGGACACUCCUUUCGCCUGCGUCAUCUGCGGCACCUUCAUUUACGAUGAAGACGUGGUCCCUCAUGGUUAUCACGAUGCCGUGCCAUGGCUGAAUAUAUUUCGAGGAAUCUAUCGUGACCAGGGGGGAAUCCAUCUUACUGGGGUCAGUCGCAACGAUGAAAAUCCAGGACUUGGAUACACAGCACCUCGGGACGUUCAUGCCAGAUGGGACGACCCAGAGUACGACCUACAAGACGACAGCGUUGACUUCGGUGCCAUGACACAGCGUUCUGUAAACGGUCGAUACGGAUCGCUCUUUGUAAAGACCAACUAUUCCCGCCUGUCAUUCGGCUUAGAGAACCUCGAACGGAUCAUGGGGACUAUUGAUGACCUAGUGGAAAUCCUGCAUCUUGAACAGAUGCCCAUAGCCGAACCUCCUCGCUCUAUGAAGUCUCCAGAAAAUUACACCUGGGAGGAGAUCUCGGGCCAUCUGAUGCCAACUAGAGAGGAAGCUGAAAUCGCCAACAACAAUCAGGCUGUUGUCUCAGACACCAUUGACUUCGGUUCUGGAUGCCGACCUAUAUACACUGCGUCGAUAGACUACCCAUCGAACAGAUCGCAUAUUGCAUUCUAUUUUGUCAGCGUUGGAGGAGCCGCAUUCGCACCUCCACCAAUGUUCCUUUGCGGCCUAGAGAUCUUCACCAGCGAUCCAAAUGAAGGCCAGUUCUUGCUGGGUUACAGGUCGCCCUUGCGUCGAACCCACACGUUGGGCCCAAAGACAGAUGUGACGGGUUUUACCGUCGCCGUGGGAUCACGAGGGAUCUCCGGCAUUAAAGUACAGACAACGGAGGGCCUCGAAUCGCCUUGGUAUCAAGGCGAUGAUGGGGACGAAAACCCAGAGAGCAUGAGGGCAGUGGGCCUCAGCCCCAUCUGCGGGAUCAAAGCCUCAUUUGAUGGCUUUAAGAUUGUCGCCCUCGGUAUAGCUCAACGGCGAGACCCCGAGCCUCAGCCGGAAAAGUCGCUGAAGGAGUCAGCAAUUUGGUAUCCCGAGAUUGCGCACUAUCCGGUCUGCUUGAACGAGAAAGUUCUCCCGAACCGACAGUUGUACUCCACAGGAUAUUUUCCACUGUUCUGGGUAUCCUUUGGAGGUGUUGGAGGCAAAGACCUCGAGUUGCUGAACAGUAUUCAGAUAACCAUGGUGGACGGUAUAUGGGCAAUGGCAUUCGCGUAUAGCGACGGUCGCGAGAUGGAAACUCUGGGACGACAUAACUACAACAUGGACCUGGACCCGGAAGCUCUCAACAUUGAGGCCUAUGAAAUCGAUGGUUCACGUGGCGAACGAAUUUCCUCGAUCUCAUUGUGGUACGAUAGCGACACGUUUGUCCCAGGACAAGUCAACAAGCCGUGCGGCAUCUCCAUUCAUACGAAUUGGGGCAUCUCUCGUCUGUUUGGCGACGGUGGGAUCGUGCCGGGGUACGUGACGAAGCACGUGAAGCCUGAAGACGGCACAGUUAUCACGGGGCUUUAUGCCAACCAGUUACCCGACUCCGGAUUUACGGCAAUUGGACUCAUGUCAGAAAGAGUCGAGUCGGGACAGUGCAGCCUUGAGUCAAUGGAACGUUUACGACUUGAAUAA